GGUUUUGCCUGGAUAUCUAUUUGUUUGGAAGGAGGGGAGUUUUGUUGGUCGGAUUUCAACUCCUACGUUGGCGGAAAAUUUGAGUUGGUGACUUGUGUGUUGGUCCCCUGUGGAGUGGUGUGGGAGGGGUAGUGGUGGCAUGGCCGCCAAGGUGAAAAUCGAGAAGCCAGCCAUGGAGGUGACUGCUGCGCGCAGUCGGCUGGAUGGUAUCCUACAGCACAUGGUGGAACAGAGAGAGGAUGGAGCUGGGGAUGAUGGAGACAAGGACGAGUCUUCAGGAGAAAACAAAGAGGUAUCCCCAUCAGCUGGAAGCUCAGGCAAAAGAGGAGGUGGUGGUGGGAAGUCAUCCAGAAAGAGGAGAAAGAAGGAUUUAUCUUCAGACCUGAACAGUGACUCAGCACACUUCCCACAACAUACAUACAUUAUGAAGCUGUUUGAUCGCAGUGUGGACCUGGCCCAGUUUGAGGAGAGCACCCCUCUCUAUCCCAUCUGUCGGGCAUGGAUGCAGAACCAGCCCCACAGACGUGUCAAGGUAGAGCCCGACUCCUCACCUCAGCCUCUACCAGCAGAGCCCACACCAGGCACCAGCAGUGAGGAGGGGAGGAUCCUGACAAGCCCAAGGAAUACUUCAGCCUCCCUGCCCCUGCACCCGGGCAGGAAGAAACCACUACAGAUGGGGAGGUGCAGGAUAGGAGAGUGCCUUCACCAGUACCACAGCCUGAUGAAGAACUCAACAUCCAUGCUGAUCAAGACCAAGCACCGAUACAAGAAACUUUGCUGAGCAAUCAUUUGCAGAGGUGGAAAAAAGUCAGACAAAAGUGGAAGGAGACAUCAGGGUUGAACCAGGGUCGAUAUGCAGAAAGCAUGACCAUCCUGAAAAACAUGUAUGACAGGACAGUCAGAUGAAGGGGAGACUGUUGUUCAGGUCAAAAUUUCAAAGGCUUGUCUGUGUCUUUCCAACACACCAUCGCCUACUCAUAGAAGCUACUACAUGUACAGCUAAUUUGGUUUCAAUAUAUUUUUAACUUUUGUACUUUGUAUACUCUAGUGCAGGUGUAUUUUUUAGUUUAAAUGCUGCCUGUAUUUGUGGUUCUCUAGUAUGACAGCUACUGACUGCCUUGUACACUUGUAACUCUUUAUCCUGGUAUAAACAGUACCACAUGACAUACAUUCCACUUGGGGACUUUUCUGAUACUAUAACAGCUCAGUAGUAACACAAACUCAUUGUUUCUCAUACAACCUUCAUUGUUUAUCAAAUAUGUAGCAGUGUUAUAUUCAAGUAAAACCACUUGUUGAUUCUCAGUAGUUCUCAACUUCUCAGGGAGCCAUUACAAAACUCACAAUGUCAAAAUGUAUGAUGUAGCCUGAACAAGAACAAGACUCUUAUUUCUGUACUGUAUUUUGCUACUUACUAAAUUAUCCUUAAAUUAACUUUAUGGAAUUAUUUACAUGUUUUAUCUACAAAGCCCCAUUUAAAUCUGGUACGUUUGAAUCUAGUACAAUCAAUGUCUACAGUAAGUAGAAUGAUACAGUCUCACUGCACAUUAUGUUUCUAGUGUGUGAAACAUCUGAUAGGGCUAUAUGUAAGUGCAAAUAACAAAACACUUUUUAUUUGUGUGGUAAGCUACAGGCAAGUCUUCCAGCUUGUAAUAAUCUAGUAGGGGUUUGUGUGAAGAAUGUACUCACUAUGUUUGUACCAAUUAUAUACAUGUGUAUAUAUACACUAUAUUGAUUAAUAAAUCGGAAUUGUUAAUGCCCAGAAGAAGACAGACAAAAGGUAAACUUUGGUAGAGAAAAAAUGACAUAGUUACGUAGUGUGGUCUACUCAUUUAAGCUGAUUGCAAAAAUAAAUGGUAUUGCAAAAAUAAAGUUUUGUAUGUUGUUUUAGAAAGCUGAUUGCAAAAUAAAUGGUAUUGCAAAAAUAAAUGAACAAUGUACUCUUGGUCACUAUUUUGAUGUCAUUCACAUACAUGUAGUUGGUCCUUUUUGCCACUAUCUUCAGAAAUGGUCAAUUUCAAUUAUUUGAUACCAGUACAGAGACAUUAAGACUGAUGGUGAUACUACAAUGUAGUAUAUCCGAUAGGUAUAGUACAAGAGAGGUUGGAGAUAUUUGUGUAUUCAAUGAUAACUGUAAGAUGACAUUAAUGUAGCUGUUACAAAAGUUUUUAAAAUGUGCAUUUCUUCACAUUUCUUUUGAGAAUAGGAAUGAUGUCGAUAUAUGAGAUAAAAUAUGCCCCUGUAAAUCUUGGUUAGCUACUUACAUAAUGAUGGUACAUAAAAGUAAUAUGUAUGUCAGGGCUUUGUGUCAUAUACACUCUGGUAAUUUAGAAAUGUUGGAUUGAAGAGAGUGGACAACCUGGGGAAAUACAUAGCAUUUCUUAACAAUUAUGCUUUACACAUGUUGAAGCAAAUUUCUUGUAUACAAAUGUUGGCUGUGACAUGAUUAAUGGUAACAUAAACUUUAUAGUAGUAUGUCAAUUAGUUAACCAUAUUUCCUACCUUUUGAUAAAAAUGAAGAAUUAGAGCACAAACCUCUUGAAUUUAUUUAUUUUCCUGCUGCGCUUUCUCAUGUAGCUUAUACAAAUAAUCUGCACUCAAGCCAGUGUCUUCAAUUACCUUGGAUUGUUUAGCUUCAUUUUUUACUCUGCAUUUUAUCAAGGCCUGUUAGGACCAAGAACUUAUCAAAUGUCCAUACUGACCUAGUUCACUAGAGUAUCAUUGCCUCUUUGGCUCUGGCUUGUUUUUUAUGUGUUUUUAGUCAGCCUUUCUACUUCUGGACUUAAGGCAUAGGCAUUUUUCCCUAUGGGAUGUACAAGAAUAAGCAACAUAACAGUACGGUUUGUUAUCUGGGUCUCAGUGUUUCUUGUUUGUAUCCAGUGAUGAUAGUCAUUUCAUUGAAUCACUAGUUUACAUCUGAAGGUUGAUGUAUCAGAAUUAGAAACUUUGGCUUGGAAAUGAUAUAUGAUAUAACUGUUAACAAUGAUAGGUAGCUAUAUCAUUGCAGAUUUCUACUUGUACUUUCAGCAUAUCAUAUUGGCAGUUGAUGUGCUCCAUUUUGUAAAUGAAGUGAAGAUGAAAAAUGAAAUAUAAAAUGAUUU